UCAUUUUACUGUGAUCUGCCUGUGGGAACUUUGUCUCCAAGUCAAAGUAGCAUGGAGCGGAGAAGUGAGAGUCCCUGUCUAAGGGAUAGUCCAGACAGAGGGAGCGGCAGCCCUGAUGUCAAAGGUCCUCCCCCAGUGAAGGUGGCCAGGCUUGAGCAGAAUGGCAGUCCUAUGGGAACCCGAGGGAGGCCCAAUGGCUCUGUGACCAAAUCAGUGGGAGGUUUGAUGAUUCCUGUCUUUUGUGUGGUGGAGCAGUUGGACACCUCCCUCGAAUACGAUAAUCGAGAGGAGCAUGCAGAGUUCGUUCUGGUUCGCAAAGAUGUCCUCUUUAGCCAGCUGGUGGAGACGGCGCUCCUGGCUCUGGGGUAUUCCCACAGUUCUGCAGCUCAGGCACAAGGAAUAAUCAAACUUGGGAGGUGGAACCCUCUGCCCCUCAGUUAUGUGACCGAUGCACCAGAUGCGACAGUAGCCGACAUGCUACAAGAUGUCUAUCAUGUUGUGACAUUGAAAAUCCAAUUACAAAGUUGUUCAAAGUUGGAAGACUUGCCAGCAGAGCAGUGGAACCAUGCCACAGUCCGCAAUGCCUUAAAGGAACUGCUUAAAGAGAUGAAUCAGAGCACAUUAGCCAAAGAAUGCCCUCUCUCCCAGAGUAUGAUUUCAUCCAUUGUAAAUAGCACAUACUAUGCCAAUGUAUCAGCAACCAAGUGCCAGGAGUUUGGGAGAUGGUAUAAAAAGUACAAGAAGAUUAAAGUGGAAAGAGUGGAAAGAGAAAACCUAUCAGACUAUUGUGUUCUGGGUCAGCGUCCCAUGCACUUACCAAAUAUCAACCAACUGGCAACCUUGGGAAAAACUAAUGAACAAUCUCCUCACGGCCAAAUUCACCACAGUACUCCAAUCCGAAAUCAAGUGCCAACAUUGCAGCCAAUCAUGAGCCCUGGUCUCCUGUCUCCUCAGCUCAGUCCACAACUGGUAAGGCAGCAGAUAGCAAUGGCCCACCUGAUAAACCAACAGAUUGCUGUAAGCCGGCUAUUGGCUCACCAACACCCACAAGCUAUCAACCAACAGUUCUUGAAUCAUCCACCCAUCCCUAGAGCUGUCAAACCAGAGCCAACGAAUUCAUCAGUGGAAGUCUCUCCAGAUAUUUACCAGCAAGUCAGGGAUGAACUGAAGAGAGCCAGUGUGUCCCAAGCUGUCUUUGCAAGAGUGGCAUUCAACCGCACCCAGGGAUUGCUGUCAGAGAUCCUGCGUAAAGAAGAAGACCCUAGGACAGCUUCCCAAUCCCUCCUGGUAAACUUGAGGGCAAUGCAGAAUUUCCUCAACCUGCCUGACACAGAGCGGGAUCGUAUAUAUCAGGACGAGAGAGAGAGAAGUAUGAACCCCAAUGUGAGCAUGGUGUCUUCGGCAGCCAGCAGUCCGAGUUCUUCCAGAACCCCCCAGGCCAAAACCUCAACACCGACAACAGACCUCCCCAUUAAGGUGGACGGCGCCAACGUCAACAUCACAGCUGCCAUUUAUGACGAGAUCCAACAGGAGAUGAAAAGGGCCAAGGUGUCUCAGGCCCUGUUUGCCAAAGUGGCUGCCAAUAAAAGUCAGGGAUGGCUGUGUGAGCUGCUCCGCUGGAAAGAGAACCCAAGCCCAGAAAACCGCACCCUCUGGGAAAACCUCUGCACCAUCCGCCGCUUCCUGAACCUUCCCCAGCACGAGCGGGAUGUGAUCUACGAGGAAGAGUCCAGGCAUCACCACAGCGAGCGCAUGCAGCACGUUGUCCAGCUCACUCCUGAGCCUGUGCAGGUCCUGCAUAGACAGCAGUCCCAGCCCGCAAAGGAAAACACACCUCCAAGAGAAGAGGCCCCACCUCCACCUGCUGAGGACAGUUGUGCCAAAAAGCCAAGAUCCCGUACCAAGAUCUCCUUGGAAGCUUUAGGCAUCCUGCAAAGUUUUAUCCAUGAUGUAGGCCUGUAUCCUGACCAGGAGGCCAUUCACACUCUGUCCGCUCAGCUGGAUCUGCCCAAACACACGAUCAUCAAAUUCUUCCAGAACCAGCGUUACCACGUAAAGCACCACGGGAAGCUAAAAGAGCAUUUGGGAACAGUGGUUGAUGUGGCAGAGUACAAAGAUGAGGAGCUGCUGACUGAAUCGGAGGAGAAUGACAGUGAAGAAGGCUCUGAGGAAAUGUACAAAGUGGAACCGGAAGAGGAGAAUCCUGACAAAAGCAAGGCAACUCCUUCAGAAAUUGACCAGAGAUAA